AUGGAAAAACAAACAAAAAGUGCCAUUAUUUAUGGAGAUCAAAACUUUCUCGUGCCACCGCAUUUAAAUUUCGGAGCGUUUGUUUUACAAAAAAUUUUGGCACGCAAUAAGGAACAGGCAGCUUUGAUAAAUGGAGCAACGGGAGAGCAGAUCACUUUCGGAGAAAUGGCGCAAAAGAUAGCUAACAUAUCAUCGUCACUUUCUCGUCUCGGUGUGCUACAAGGAGAUGUAGUGGCGAUAUGUAGCGAGAACAGAAUUGAAUAUCUACUCACUUCUUUGGCAGUUUUCUACUCUGGGGCCAUUAUUACUUUCUUCAACAAUGCAUAUACAAAAGCUGAGAUAACUCACGCACUGGGUAUUUCAAAACCGAAAUACAUAUUUUUAUCCGGGGAAGUGUACAAAGCGCAGUACGAUGUUAUUGAAAAUACGAAAAUUGUUAAAACGUAUGUUAUAUACGAUGAUGUGUCAAUGAAAAGUAACUGCAUUCAUUUUAGAGAGCUAUCAGAGAAACAGGUCGAUAUCAAAUCUUGUAAAUAUUUCGAUUUUAAAGGGACACCACAUACGGGCAUGGUUCUCUAUUCUUCGGGUACUACUGGUCUUGCGAAAGGAGCGAAAAUUACUCAUCUUAAUUUAAUCGUAGCAUGUCUACAACCUAUGAUGACAGAUAGGAAUAUAACUCCGUUAACGAUUGCGCCGUGGUCGAGUACAAUGGGAAUAAUUCUUAUCCUGCAAAAACUAGCUCAUGGAAGAACUUGCGUGUUUUUAUCAAAAUACAACGAGGAACUAUACUUACAAACCAUUCAAAAAUAUAAGAUUGGAAUUCUGUUCGUAGCGCCACCGCUAGUCGUGAUGUUUUGCAAAUCUAGUCUUGUAAAAAAGUAUGAUGUUAGCUCCGUUGAGAUCAUAUAUUCUGGUGGAGCACCGAUUACUCUCGAAGUUAUAACUCAACUUAAAGAAAGGUACUUAUUAUUGCAUAUCAUUCAAGGCUACGGGAUGACAGAAGCAACGGGAGCAGUAACUCAGGAUACCGAUAAGGAACCUAAAAUAGGUAGUGUCGGAAAAGUUGUACCGGGUGUCAUAAUCAAGAUAUCAAAUCCAGAAACCAACGAAACAUUAGGAUGCCGUGAACAAGGCGAAGUACGAAUCAAAGGCCUGGCUGUCUUCCAAGGUUAUCUGGGAAUGGAUCCGCGAGAUAUCUUCGACGACGAGGGCUACUACAAAACUGGCGAUAUCGCAUAUUUCGAUGAAGAUGGCUGCUUUUACAUUGUUGAUAGAAUAAAAGAGCUUAUUAAAUAUAAAGGAUGGCAAGUAACGCCGUCAGAGCUUGAGGCAGUGAUACUUCAACACCCAGCUAUUAAAGACGCAGGAGUAACGGGGACGCCAGAUACUUUGGCAGGCGAACUGCCCACGGCGUUUGUUGUGAAGCAACCUGGCGCUAAAGUUAUAGAGCAAGAAAUUAUUGACUUCGUUGCUAAUAAGGUGGCGCCAUGGAAAAAACUUAGAGGUGGUGUCAUAUUCCUUGACGAGAUACCAAAAACACCUAGUGGCAAAAUAUUAAGGCGGAAACUAAAAGCGCUCCUGUCAAAACAAAGCCCACAAAAGCUUCCUGUCAGCAAAUUGUGAUUUCAGUGCGAAGUUUGGAGAUUGAAUUAUAAAUUAAUAUUUCAGUCUCACCCUGCUUGUAUUUAAACAGAAAUUCUUUUUGGAAUUAAAACGAAAAACAAAUCGG